AUGUUACACAUAACAAGCAGUUCGUCGCCGGUUGGCUCCGCGGUGUUCUCAUGUAUCGCUCUCGUCAUCAUAUCUCUCGUCGUUCUCCUAAUUCUACGAUACUACCUCCCUCUCCGAACAACCCCGGCUUUUUAUCUCAUCCCCAUCUUCUUCGCCCUCUGGCUACCUACCAUCGUCGUAAUCCUCGUUCCCGUCGAUCUUGCCUCGAGCGCAGUAACUGGCGAUGAGGCUACACGGGGGAUAUGGCUCCCUGAGCGGGUCAUCUUGGUUUCAUGGCGCAUUUCAUACUGGUUGACUUUCGCUUUGACUUGGUUUAUACUCCCACUUCUUGCCGAAUACUCCGACUCUGGAUACCGAGAACCAUAUGACAAAUUUAUGUACUCAGUUCGCAGUAAUGCGCAGUUCCACGCCAUUGUCUUGGGCUUUUCAUCCAUCGGACUCGUCUAUUUCUACGUCUCCUCCGGGUUCAGUUUCAAGGUCAACGCCUUCAAAGGCACCAUCAUGGCCCUCGCAUACUGUUGGGGAUUGAUACUCGCGAUUUAUCUCAUGGGUCACGGCCUGGUAUCGAUACCCCGACGCCUCAUGCGCGGCGCAAGCAUUAGCGGACGAUUGCGACGACUCCAGAGCAAGGCGCCCAAGGUUUACGAAGAGAUGGAGGAUUCGAUCACGAAACUCGAGGAUAUAGAGGCUCAUGUUGCUGAGCUGGGACGCCGCAAGACAGGAAGCGCAAACGCAUACCGGGACUGGAUCGAAGAACUACAAGAAAUGGCCAACAUCCCCGAGUCCCAAACCCAAAGCACGCGAUUUGGUCCAAGCUCCGACAACAACAUCAUUCCACAUGUCAUCACUCAAAAGUAUCUCGCCGAUCUCACUAGAAAGUACGUGCGCGCGAAACACGCUCGAUCUCGAUAUGUGAACGCCUGGAGCGACCUCGUCCAAGAAGCGGCCGAAACGCAGGCGAUCCUGGACUCUGCGGCGUCGAAAAAGCUUGAAUUUAACGAUGUAUCGCCCCAUGCUACCUUUUGGGAAAAGACCGUUAUUUUGACACCAUACACCCGAUAUGUGUACUACUACCAGGUGUUACCUUAUGCCCAAGUCCUUCUUGGCUUGUUCUUGGCGGCAGCCUCCGCUUGUAUUGUAUGGUCCGAGGUUGUCAAGGUUGCAUUCCCCAAGCUUUCGGUCAUCAGACUGACAGUGGUACAUCAUUGGGUCGGCGACAAGCCCGAAGUCGGUUUCGCUGGUCAGGCAAUCUCAUCGUUCUGGAUUUGCUACAUGUGUGCAGCCGCACUUACAUCCAUGACGGAAGUCAAGGUCUGGCGUGGCCGAGCGCUCGUUCGCCGCAACACAGCCCAUGAAUCAGCUUUCUGGUACGCCAUGCAGGUGGCUAAGCUGACCAUUCCCAUCUCUUACAAUUAUAUCACCUUCCUGUCAAGUCAGGUUUACAAGAAGACAGUCUUCUAUCACUUUCUUGGUCAACUCAUCAACUUUACACCUCUCGGUCACUGGUUUGAUGAUCUCUUCCCUGUCGUCGUGCUCUUUCCGGUCUUUGCUACCCUAUUCGGCAUUUACGGCAGAGUCAAGCGAAUCUUUGUUGGUAUGGAUGUGAUGGAUGACGAGGAGGAGAAUGGUACCACCUACGGCACUGGCUCUUGGCGUGAAGGCCGAGACCUUAUCUCUCGUGAACUUGGUGGAAACACCCUCUUCCAUCGCAGGGAAGACGCUCUCUCGAGAAUAGGAGCUUCGGGAGCAGGCAGCAGAUCAGCCCCUGUCCUUUCAAUUCCCUCUUCCCGAGGUGCUUCAACAUCGCCUGCUCGAUCCCCUAUUCGACCUUCAGCUACAAACCCCCGUCGUGGCCCUGAGCAUCGUUACGGUCCGAACUGGAACGACGAAACGCCAGAAGAUGACAACCUCUUCCAAAUCAUUGGUCACCGCAUGAAGAACACCAUGGACGGCAUCGAAACUCCCAAGUGGUUCAGCGACAUCAAGAAGCCGAAGUGGAUGGGUGGUGACGAUGAGGGCCCUGCUGCGGGUGCUGGAUCAUCUAGCUCUGGGCCAGAUUUCCGCAGGUGGUUUGGCGGUUCUAGCGAAGGCCAAAUUCGUAUUUAA